CUAAAUUUUACGUGACAACAUUGGCAAUGCUGAACAAACUUGGCUGUUAUUGUUGUGUAUAUACCUGGUUAUUUGGAGCGUUGUAAUAUCGGAUCGAUUUCAUUCUGUAUUUCCCAAUUUUAUUCAUGUUAUAGCCUGCAUUUAAACGAUUAUCCACAAAUUGAAAGCAUGUCGACGAAAUCUCCAGUGGAUUUGCGCUCGGAGCUGACGGAAUUAGUAAAACGUAAAGCCGAAAUCGCUGAAACGUUAGCCAACUUGGAACGUCAAAUAUACGCUUUCGAGGGAAGCUAUUUGGAAGACACUCAGUUGUAUGGAAAUAUAAUAAGAGGUUGGGAUAGAUAUUUGGCGAGUAAUAAAAAUACAAACAGUAAAGCUGACAAGCGUAACAGGAAAUUUAAGGAGGCAGAAAGAUUAUUUUCUAAAUCCUCCAUUACAUCCAUGGCAGCGGUUAGCGGACUCGUUGAGAAUACGCAAGAAAAAAUUGAACGAUACAGCGAAUCAGAGUCUCAGAUUGGAAAUAGUGGCAGCGAGGACAAUUGCAACUUUGGCAAUUCAAAUGCGAUUCCUUCCAACAAUAACAAAGAGGCUAGUGGGAAAAAUCUUCAUACUUCUAUUCAAUCUGGACAUGUCCAAAAUAGUGGCGCUCUUAAUAGCUCGGACAAUGCUUCGAUUCAAUUUACAAAUGGAUCAAUGUCCAAUGGAAAUUUAGAACAUAUUACCACACCUAUCAAAGAAUGUCACAGUAAUAGCAAAGACUCGAAUAAAAAUAAAUCUGGAAAUAGUGCGAAAAAGAAUAGCAAUAAAAGAGCUAGGAAUAGGUAGAAACUCUGAUAUAUUAUCUAUGCGUUAAUGAGACAUGUAAUAUUCAUUAUUUCUUGUAUUAUUAAGUGAUAGCUACACGGACAUUGUGUUAUUUACAUUUAUUCAUAAAUGACAAUUCUCUCUCUCUCUCUCACACACUUAUAAUCUUAAUUCACAUUUCACGUUGCACAAGUUGUCUGAAACUAUCUGAUUUUUGUAUCGUGUGUAUAUGUAUAAUAGUGACAAGCACACACAUUCCACAAUUAUGUAAAUGUUUCUCGUGUGCGUGUGUGUGCGUGUGUGCGUGUGUUGAAAACUUUUGUGAAAACAGUAUUAAAAUAGAAGACGUAUUCAUGAGAACACAUGUGUUGAAAAAUGCGUGUAAAGCUCAACUGAUUUAACAAGUUGCAAAUUGUAUGUAAUUCUAUAUACACAUGCACACUUUUUUUAAUAAAAUGGCUUAUUCCACGAAAUAUAUACAAUAUAUAUCGACUCAAAGUUUUAAUUAAAUUUAAUUAUCAACACUAGGAGAUAACGUUAUAUCGAAUUGCCGAACGGUCUUUACGUAUGCGAACAAUAAAUAAUAAAAUAGAUAAGAAUAA